AGGGGAUUCUUUUUUUGAAGGUGCAACACUGGGGCUAGUCGCAUUUCGAAUCACCUCACAGAAAAUUAUCGUGGGUGAACAGGAAGAGACCCCGACUGCGACGCACUCAUUGACUCGCGAUUCAAAUCAUGACGACGCGCAGCAAAGCCAAAGAUACCACCACCACCGCGAUGAAGGUGGCAGGAAACAGCCGCACGAGGUUCAUCUUCGCGAGGAGGCCGCGAGGUCGUGGUACGAGUUGCGGCCAGCUGCUGGUGACAUAUAAUCGACGCAUUUCUGUAGUUCCUCGGGGGGUCGUGAUCGUCGCCCUGGCCGCGGGAGCGGUAAAAUACCUCGGACUGGCGAAAAGCGCGUUCGCUUACGGAGACACGAUUGGGAAUCGGCGGAAAUCUGGUUCCCAAACACUGGUGCUGAACGCGGAGGGGAGUGGAUCGGACGAAGCGGGUGCGGACUCGGCAUCGGUUGCUCCGGAUGCAGAGGCGGAUCCUGAAGGGGGUGCAGUUCACGGCGUGUCGUACGUGUCAAGGUGGCCGUGGUCCAGCUCCAGUUCGCAGCAGGAUGCGCAGCAGGAUGGGAAAGACGAAUCAAGGUUCCCGGAAUAGUUUUUAUUUCACCCACUCGAUUUAGAUUUAGUUAGUACUAGUUGUAGCUGCAUGACAAGCAUAAAUGUAUGUGUGUACGCGCUGCCAUUUCAUCGUAUUUAUCUUUUAUUUUGAUCUACCCAACUACCUUCAAAUAAAUUUUUCAUUAAUAGAUAAUUCGUCCUGUUGUUGUAGAGCUACAGCUGCGAUCUAUCUUGUCUGCGGAACAAAAAAAUAACCAGGGCGGCGGCGGUGGUGGCCACGUCGUUUGUCUCGCGGACAACAGGGUACGCAGCAUGGUAGUGAUACCACGUCAGAGGGCACGACGACGACCGGCACGACAAGUCUUGAUGACGUUUCUUCGGCCGGUACUCUCCUUGGGUCGCCUCCGACGCUCGAGGAGCGGGCGCAGGAGCAGCUGCGGACUAGCGGACAAACGGUGAAGGUUUCACUUGAACCGCCAGGUCCCCAAAGCGACGGAAAUGGAAAGAGAACGGUGACGUUCAACUGUCUCGGGGGCGGUCAAAAAACCAGCACUGGACCAUCGGACGGGACUUCAACUGUCUCUGGGUCGUGCAUUUGGAUGAUCGGCAGCACGAGCUUGGGGACUUCGACUUGGGUCGGUCCCGGUUUUCCGGAGGAGUUGAACAGUCACUGCAUGGCCCGGAAGAGCCGGUGCCUCAUUGUGGAUGAGGGGGCGUUUCGUAAGGGAGUCCAAGGUCUCAAAAACACACACGGCUACCUGUACAGCCUGUUCUACAACAAGUUCGGAGAGGAGGUCAAGCAGUCACGUCUUGAUACCGAUCUUUCUAAUAUUUCGUCGAGAGAUGAUGCCUACCGCGCAGGAGUGGUGGCUCCACCAGACGAAGAUAUGGUUAUACAUGAACGUGUGUAACAACAUACCUCUAGGGUAGAAAACUAAAAAAGUUUUUAAGCGUGUUUUGAACAAAGAUGAGAUCCGAGUUUCUUACGCACACGUUAAUGUCAC